AUGCCUCUCUCCCCUAUCGAAGAAGAGUACACCGACGCAGCGUCCCCCAUUUCAGAAGCAGCGACGCUAGUUGAGGAUGACUGGGAAACGUGCACCCUUAUCGGGGACGAUGGGCCCAUGACGGCCCCGGAGCGUCCAGUCUCUCCACCCAUACCAACCACCGAGGGACGGCAGCCCUACCGUCGCACUCCAGUGAUGGCAUGUGAUGACGACCUAUACUUUGGGGACAUCGAAGCGCGUCUGGUGCCGGCGAUCGGCCGCAUCGUCGACUUGAUCCGAAUAUAUGGGGCGCCACACUCAGCUCCGCCUCCACCUCCAACACCUGUUAUCCGGCCAACCUACCGCACCGACACAGCGAGGAUCCCGCUGUUCCGACUGGAUGGUGGCGCGGCACCAUUCACCAUCGGCGGCGUCGUCCACAUCCGCCGUGGUGUGGCCUAUAUUUGUGGCCCUCCGCCGCAAAUCCCCGCGCAGCGCACACCAGUCGGUGUGGAGGAGGAACACGCCCGUCUAACUGUGCGGCGACAACCACUUCGUGCACAACCCGGCUUACAGGUCGCAGGGGAGAAUCAUGUGGACAGAGCGCACCGUGGAGAAUACCACACCAGCAUGAUCCCGCCUGUCUUGGGCCACAAUGAGCCGGUGGAUGAAUUCGUCGUCAGGUUGCGCAGGCAUAUGCGGUACGUCCGGGCGUUUGCGCGCAGUGCAGGGCUGGAUAAUUAUUGA